AUGCCUCGAUACCAUACGGUAGAAAUUAAUAAGACAGAAUGGAUUGUACCAGAGCGGUAUCAGAUGCUUACACCUGUAGGUUCGGGCGCCUACGGUCAAGUGUGUUCUGCUAUAGAUACCCUUCAUAAUAUGAAAGUGGCUAUCAAGAAGUUGGCAAGGCCCUUUCAGUCUGCAGUUCAUGCCAAGAGAUCUUACCGUGAACUCCGUUUGUUAAAACACAUGAAUCAUGAAAAUGUCAUAGGUUUACUGGACGUUUUUAGUCCUGAGAAGAAUCUUGAAGAAUUUCAGCAAGUGUAUCUGGUGACACAUCUCAUGGGUGCAGAUUUGAAUAAUAUAGUGCGUACACAAAAGCUGUCAGAUGAUCAUGUCCAGUUUCUGGUGUAUCAGAUCUUACGUGGCUUAAAAUAUAUUCACUCUGCAGGCAUAAUACAUAGGGAUCUCAAGCCUUCCAAUAUAGCUGUAAAUGAAGACUGUGAAUUAAAAAUCUUAGAUUUCGGCUUAGCAAGACCUACUGAGACAGAAAUGACUGGCUAUGUAGCUACAAGAUGGUACAGAGCUCCUGAAAUAAUGCUCAAUUGGAUGCAUUAUAACCAGACAGUUGAUAUAUGGUCAGUUGGUUGCAUCAUGGCUGAACUGCUUACUAGCAGAACUUUAUUCCCUGGUUCAGACCAUAUUCAUCAAUUGAACUUAAUCAUGGAGAUACUUGGAACACCGAGUCAGGAAUUUAUGCAGAAAAUUUCCUCAGAGUCAGCUCGCAACUAUAUUCAGUCGCUGCCUACCCUGAAACGACGCGACUUCCGCGAGGUGUUCCGUGGUGCCAACCCACUCGCUAUCAACCUUCUCGAGCUUAUGUUGGAACUCGACGCUGAUAAGCGUAUAACAGCCGAACAAGCGCUGGCGCACGAGUAUCUGGCGCAGUACGCGGACCCCACGGACGAGCCGAUCUCCGUACCCUAUGACCAAAGCUUCGAAGAUAUGGACCUGCCCGUCGACAAGUGGAAAGAACUUGUUUGGAAAGAAGUAGUGGAGUUUAAGCCUCACCCACAACACAUGAGCACAGUUGUCGAAGUCAACGCGUCGUAA